GGGCAGGGCAAGAGCUAGGGAAGGGAGGGAGGAAGGGCAGGGAAGGGGAGAGGAGAGGAGGGGAGGGCAGGAGGUGCGUGCGUGUGGACGAUAAGAAGGCGAGGCAUUGGUGACGGCGGAGCUGGCUGGUUCACUCUCUCUCGCGCUCUCAAGUUCUCCGCGACUCUCUGGGUGCUUCGGGGGGUUUUCUCAAAUCGUCAUAACCUGCUUCUUCUGGUGUGAGAUUUGUCAUUCGUUUUCCACAGCUCUGUGGUGUGUUUGUGUCGCCCGCCCGACAUCUGCAACUCCAUUGCUGUCGCCACCACCGCUAACGAGUGACGGGGAGCGAAUGCAAUCUUUUCCAUCUGCUGCGUGCGCUUCAUAACUGCUGCCUGGCGCGUCGUUCUUGCAAGGGGUUCAUCCGUCUCCAGGGUUUCGUCGGGUCCCGAGGGUGUAGCUUCACGCAUCUGGACAGCGAAUCGAUUGAUUUCGGUGGGGAGGGAAGCAGAGGAGAGAGGAAGAGGUGACGCCUCGGAGGGUUCGGUGGCACAUCGAGGGAUCUGAACGGAAUCUCUGUCGCUCACUGGCUUGCUCGAACGAUUCUCUGCCUGAUUGAUCGAGUGGUUGGUUGAUCGACUAACUGGCCGAUUGAUCGAGAGAUUUGUGUGUGUUUGUGUGUGUUUGUGUGACCAAGCGGGAGCGGUGGCGAAGGGAGGGGUGAGUGAAAUGGCUGGAAGGCAGUGUUGAGAGGUAACAAGCUGCAGCAGCGAGCUGCAGGAAGAAGUUGAGCGCAUACAUGAGUUGGUGCCAGGCAUGCAGCGGAGCUCUACAAGGCCGGUGUUCAGGCGUGGAGACGUCGGUUUGGGACAGUUGGUGCGAGGAUAAUAAUGACCUGCGGCAUCUGUGGUUUGCCCCUUCUUGUUGCAACAGCGAGAUUGGUUUGAGCGUCGGAGCAGAGGGGAACAGGACCUCAUCCAGGCUGUGCAACAGAUGCCGUGAAAAGCUCGACGGAGCUAAGCAAAAAGAUCAAUUGCAGAAAUGGCGCUUCAGAACAUUGGUGCCGGUAACCGGGAUGACGCCUUCUACCGGUAUAAGAUGCCUCGAUUGGUGACGAAGAUCGAAGGCCGAGGGAAUGGUAUCAAGACCAAUGUGGUCAACAUGGUGGAAGUGGCUAAGGCUUUAGCCCGGCCUCCUGCGUACACCACGAAGUUCUUUGGGUGCGAGCUUGGGGCGCAAUCCAAGUUCGAUGACAAGACUGGCACGUCCAUUGUCAACGGUGCGCACGAGACCUCCAAACUUGCUAGCUUGUUGGAGAUCUUCAUCAAGAAGUACGUCCAGUGCUAUGGAUGUGGCAAUCCGGAGACCACCAUCAACAUCAGCAAGAGUCAGACCAUAACAAUGAAGUGCGCUGCAUGUGGUUAUCUGUCCGAUGUGGACAUGCGCGAUAAACUCACAACUUUCAUUCUGAAGAAUCCUCCUGAACCGAAGAAGGGAGGUAAGAAGGAUAAGCUGAGAAGAGCAGAGAAAGAGCGAUUGAAGGAGGGUGAAGCCGCGGAUAAGGCUAAAAAGGAGUUGAAAAAGAAGAAGGACGAAUCGAAGGUUGUGAAGAAGAAAUCCGGCUCUGACGAGGAGUUGUCUAGUCAGGGAGAUGAGGAGGAAGUUGCCGAGGCGGAAGAGGACGAUGGUGUGGAAUGGCAAACUGAUACUUCCGCCGAGGCCGCCAAGCGACGUAUUGAAGAACAACUCACUGCUGCAACAAGCGAGAUGGUGAUGAUUGACGAGGAAGCCGUGAACCCCGUGUCUCCGACGACCAAGGCCUCUAAGGAGAAUAAGCCCAAGUUGCUGAGGAAGUCAUCUUCCAAGAAGGUCGAGGUUGUUGUGCCGGAGGAACCUCUCGAGGUUCUUCCUAAGUUGGAAGAGUUAAGUCUCUACAGCAUCCUUGUGAACGAGUUCAAGGAAUGUCUACAGAAGGGUUUUACUCCAUCUGAACUCGCCACCUAUAUGCAGAGGAAGGAAGAGCCCAAAGAUGAACUGAUGAAUGCCUAUUUCGAGGCAUUAUUUGGAGGCUUUGUUAAAGGAAUUUCGAAGGAAGUCAAGGAGAAGAAGCUGUAUCUCGCGAAAGUUGCUACGGAUGAGGCUUCACAGCUGCUGCUCUUGAGCACUCUAGAGACGUUCUGCGCACCCUGCACCCCUGAGGUAGGAAAGGAGAUCGCUUUCAUUCUCAAAGUGUUAUACGAUGAAGAUAUUCUGGAGGAGGAUCAGAUUCUAGAGUGGUUCGACAGUAACGAAGGGAUCAACCCAAAGUCGGCUCUUGUGCGCAAAUUAGCCCAGCCGUUCGUUGCUUGGCUUCGUGAUGCGGAAGCCGAUGAGGAGGAAGAUGAAGAGGAGUGAACUUGUCCUUCUUCGGAUCGAUCACUUCAUCUCGGGCAGGGCGUCGUUACUGUUUUUUGUUCUUUGCCAUCAGAAGCUGACCCGAGGGUGCUGUUCUUGUGGUUAGACUCACUUUUACACCCACGAUUCUCCUGUGCCGUCUAGCUGGUUUACUGUAGCUAGUAAAUGCACAUCACCUCUUGUUGGCCAAUUUGAAGAGGAGCCCAUCAAGAUGCAGUUGGCAUUAAUGUGUGUUGUUUCUAGUAAUAUUGAGGGACUGAGGUCCAACCUUCUAUAUUCAUUUGUGACGAAGUUAUCAGUCGUUUUCUAAUAUCACUUUCAUUUCUGUCUGAAUGGAAUUGCUUAGAUG